ACAACCAAUUGUUCGUGAACCAGGUCUUGCACAAUUACACUCGUCAGCUGCGUCUGUCGGUUUCCCUACUGCGCGCCUCCCGACCGCAUUUCAAGCGCAAGCGCUCAACAUAAGGACAUCAUAAUCGUAGCUUACACGACACUUAGGCGGACGGCGAGCGCGGGAGACUGUGACGAAGGGGAGACUCCACAAAGCAAAUUGGGCGCGGACACAGCGCACAGCGAGCGCCUUCUUCUUGUGAGCCGGGGCCAUGGCGCCCACGGCAUCGCUUUUUGAGUAUGUAUCCUCCAAGCUGGAUGAGCCACCGCUCACGCCAGAAGAGCUGGAGUUCAUGGCGGAGCACGAGAAAGUGACGAUUGUGCCCAACUUCACGCUUAACCUGCCCAACAGCAUGCUUACAUGCAUCGAGGGCACGUACGGCCCGUUCCGACCAAACAUCCCAGUGGAGGUCCCCCUCUACCUGGCGCUGGCACUCAACCGCCGGAACAAGUGCCGCAUCCAGCCACCCGGUUGGAUGGCGCGGGAAAAGCUCAAAGCCGUGCUGGAUGAGGAGCGCACCAUCCCGCAGUACUUCCAGCCGGUGCCGCAGUACUAUGUGGAGACGGCCAAGAUGUUGUUCGCGGAGGCGCGGGCCAUCUUUGGCACCAACGCCGAGGUCAACGAGAUCAUGGACCUAGUGGAGGAGCUGAAGAAGGUGCGCAACAGCAAGAUUUUGGACGGCCUGCGCAAGGUGAGCGGCCCCAUCACCGUCAAGCUCAACAACCUCAGCGCCUCGGAGAGCAACAAGAUCCGCCUUCUGUUUGAGAACAGCCUCAACAUGUGGCACCAGCUGUCCAAGAACGACAAGGAGUGGCAGGAGGUCCGGAUGACGGGCACCACCGACACGCCCGCGACACUGUAGAGAGGAUACCGUGCACGGCAGCCGAGAGCAGGAUGGGAAGCGGGCUGGGAUCCAUGGCGACUUGGCGGGAUCGUGCGUACAACUGUGUGUACCGUACGGUAUGGGGGCAGGGCUGGGACCGACAUGACCUUGUGGAUGCAUUCAUUCCUGGUUAUUGUUGGAUUUUGAAGUUUGGUCUUCCACGUUGGAUGGGAUAGAGGGCGUUGUGCCGUGCGGCUCGGGUGUGACCUGGCACUGCCAGACACAUGCGAUACAU